UCUUUUUUUCGAAACCCUUAUACGACGCGUUUAUCGCAGAACCGCCACCGGGCGCGCUGCCACCACGUGAAAUCCGAUCCUUCCGCAUCGGUCCAAAGUAGUAGUGUACAGGGUACCGGCAAUAAUCGGCAUUUUCCCGUCAACAAUGGAAUCAGUGAAACGCGCCAACCAGCGGCUUCGUAAUUAUCCGGUGCUCAUGGCCAAAUGCUCGGUGGCUGCCGCUGCAUACGCCACCUGUGUCACUACCGACCUUAAUGUGGCACACCGAUCAUGCGAUAAAGAGUUCCACACCUUUAAAGAGUGCAUGAGAAAGGCCGCUAUUGAUAUGAAAUCAAAGUUAUAA